AGCUGUCAGCUGCGGCAUUGAGAUCCCGGGGACGGCAUUGUGUGUGUCAGUAUGUCAGUGUGUCAUUGUCUCCGUCUCCCUGGCACCUAACCAGCGUCCGCACCUCUUAUUUCCCAAUGAAAUGCAGAGAUGAAGGACAAACGGAAGAAAAAAGAUCGCACCUGGGCAGAUGCAGCCCGUUUGGCUUUAGAAAAGAAUCAUAAUACCCCGAUGACUGCAAAGCAAAUUUUAGGGAUCAUACAGAAAGAAGGACUGAAAGAAACCAGGAGCGGCACCUCUCCCCUGGCUUGCCUGAAUGCCAUGCUUCACACUAAUACCCGUGAUGGAGAUGGAACGUUCUUUAAAAUCCCUGGGAAAUCUGGACUGUAUGCACUAAAAAAAGAAGAAACACCAUGCCUUUAUGACGGGGCGUCUGAGCCUGUGUGUGAAUUUGAUUUAGAGGGUAUUGAAACAACGGAGACAAAUAACACUACCAGUGAAGAAAAUGGAGAUCACUCGUUACCUGUUGGAUUUGGGGGGAUUUAACAACGGUAUUCUGC